UACUCACUAUUCAUUAGUCAACUGCAACAGUCGCACGUCAAUCGAUGGAUGAAAUCGACACCAAACUGUGAGCAACAUUUUGUCAGGCGGCAUUCAAAAAGCGGUAAACCAUCAAUGAUUGACCUUGGUUAACGAAUGAAGUGUCAAACUGAUAACACAUACAGAUGGGUCAUUUAAUAUUCAUUAAUAAAUGCAGCGCAGCUUGUGAAGAAGCCACUUCAAUAAAAUUCACAAAUAUAAUUUGCACAAGCUACAAUGAAUCGUGGAUUCUGGUCAACACUUGCCGAUUGCGAGCUCUCAAUCGCUACACGACAACUUUGAACUUUAAUGCCACAUUGAUUCAGCCAGUCACUGAAACUUCAAUCACAUUUCAGUUCCUUCAGAAAGCUAAUGGUUACAAGCCAUGGCUUUAUAAGUACACUAUUGAUGUCUGUCGAUUUUUCAAGAAGGCUUAUAAUCCGGUUGCCAUAAUGGUUUAUAAAAUGUUCAAAGAUUUUACAAAUUUUAACCAUACGUGUCCAUAUGAGACUGAACUAAUUUGUGAUGGCUUUUAUAUUAGCGAUGAUAAGAUACCAAUUCCUUGGCCAAGUGGUGACUUCCAACUACAAAUGCAAUUUACUUCGAAUAAGAAAAGAUUGAUUUUUGUGUAUAUAUACUUUCAUGUUGCCGAUGAUUUGUGAAAAAAUUAAGUAUGUAUACAUACACAUAUUUAUUGUAACAUAA